AUGCAGUUGCUUUUGCUCGCAUUCCUCUUUACGCACAGCUUCUCCGGAGCUGUAAAGCGUAAAGAGGAGUGCGCCUCCCGCUGCGAUGUGAGCUCCUGUCCGAGUCCCAGCUGUCCCGGAGGAUACGUCCCGGAUAGAUGUACCUGCUGCCUGGCCUGCUCUCCGGGAGAAGGUGACCCCUGCGGCCGAGAACAUGACCUGCCCUGCGGGGAAGGCCUGGAGUGCAAGCUGCUCGCUGCGGGGAGGCGGAGAGUCACCAAGGGGGUCUGCAGGUGUCAGGUGGAGCAUGGAGUCUGUGGAAGCGACGGGAAAACGUAUGGAAAUGUGUGUAAGAUGAGAGCAGCCAGCCGGAGAGCCGAGCACAAGGGGAGACCCGCAGUAAGACAAGCGCACAAAGGAUCCUGUGCAACUACAAGUGCAGGUCGUCCACUGGUCCAUCCCAACAGCCCUCGCUACAAAUUCAACUUCAUCGCUGACGUGGUGGAGAAGAUAGCUCCUGCUGUUGUCCACAUUGAACUGUUCAUAAGACAUCCCCUGUUUGGUCGCCACAUGCGUCUCUCCAGUGGCUCUGGUUUCAUUGUGUCCCAUUCAGGUAUGAUUGUGACCAACGCUCACGUGGUAACCACAGCUGCCACGGUUACAGGGAGGCCCCAGCUUCGCGUGCAGCUCCAUGACGGCGACGCCUACGAGGCUUCGGUCCGAGAUUUAGACAGGAAGGCAGACAUCGCCACGAUCAAGGUCAAUCCCCAGAAGAAGCUCCCCGUGCUGUCUCUGGCCCGUUCAGCUGAUCUGAGACCGGGGGAGUUUGUGGUUGCUAUUGGCAGCCCCUUCGCCCUGCAGAACACCGUCACCACCGGCAUCGUCAGCACCGCUCAGAGAGACGGCAAGGAGCUGGGCAUCAAGGACUCAGACAUAGACUACAUCCAGACUGAUGCUAUUAUUAAUUAUGGAAAUUCUGGAGGACCUCUUGUAAACUUGGACGGUGAGGUGAUAGGCAUCAACACUCUGAAAGUGACAGCAGGGAUCUCCUUCGCAAUACCCUCAGACAGAAUCAGACGCUUCCUCACAGAGUCACAGACUAAACACAGCAAAGAAAAGACAAGACUGCAAAGAAGACCUACAGAGGAACAACAGUCUGAUGCAGGCUAACCGAACCUGUCCUAUCUGUCGAGCCGACGCCUCUGAGGUCCAGCGGGAUUCAGAGUGACCAUUUCCCAAAACCCUCAAUCCCAGACUCCAUUUUGGAUGCACCAACCAAUCAGUGAACUUCUUUCCUUUUACCAAAUGCUUCCUCUCACACAUUCUGCCACAUAACUGGGACCAGUGCUCCUUAUUCCUUCACUCUUUAUCAUCCAGCACACUGACCAGUAUUCUCACCUGGGAUCAGCAACUCUCUACUGACUCUUGCUCACUUUAUCGCUGGACUUCCUCGGCCUUCUGUUUUUUGACUUUUACACCCCUACUACUCCGCCUUCUGCUCAUGGUUACCCCUUCACUAUGAAUGGCCUUUGAAACACAUACACACAGUGUCUACAAUAUACACACAUACAAGAGUGCGUUUCAGAGGAGGGGUUAAAGUAAGUUGACGUUAUAGUCAAACUAAAUGGACAACCAGUCCAGACCAUUGAA